AUGGCGGUGCCGGCGCGCACCAAGGCCGCGGCGGCCCUGGCGCUGCUCGUCGUCGUCGUCCUCGUCGCGACGCGUCCGCGGGCGCCGGCCGCGCCGCAGUUCGAGUACAGCGCCCACGGCUUCCGCGUCAACGGCGGCCCGUCGCGCCCGCUGCUCGAGCCGAACGAGGCGGAGUACCAGAUGAGCGAGGGCGGCCAGGACCGCGUGCUCUGGGAGGAGCUCUUCCGCAACGACUCGCAGGCGGACAGCGGCUUCUUCGUCGAGUUCGGCGCCCGGGGCGGCGUCUACGACAGCAACACGGGGGAUCCUCAGA